UUUAAUUUUCCACAAAAAUGGUGGUGUUGAAACUCGGACCAUUAGGAGAAUAUGACAAGAUAGAUCACUGGGAAGAAACUGGCCAUGACAAAAUAAGUCACAUAUUCGUCACUCUUGAUGAUUCUUCUGUAACAUCCAUUCAGUUUGGAUAUGUGGAAAACGGAGAUCUUGUCAUGUCCAAAAAGUACGGCUCAGACGAAGAAAACCAAAGUACUCGAAUUUUGAGGCUGAACCAUGAGUCUGAGUUUGUCACUGGCAUUAGCGGAGAGAUGCGUAACUGUAAUAUUUCCUCUCUGACGUUUCAUACAAACGAAGGAAAGCACGAGGUCCUUUGUGCAGGAUCGGAAUCUGACCGGACAAGAUAUGAGAGGUUUGAGUUUCUUGCGGAAAUACAUGACCGCCGUGAGUUUGGAGGUUUCUUCGGAUCUUGCGAUUAUUCUCUUAGUUCGAUAGGUCUCUAUGUAAAGCCUAUCAUCUCGGGUGUACACACUAUUAAGCAAGAAGUAUGAUCCAGUGCUCUUUUGGUUAC